AUGUUCCCUGCUACUGGUGUGACCACCCUUCUCUCUGGAACAUCAGUGGAUGCGUCCACGCAACUUACGGGAACCCAGCUUCCUAAUCCGGCAACAAACCUUCUGCUGAGCCCUGAUUCCAGUACCAGCGUACAAGUGACGUAUGAGCAGCCUAUCGGAACUCAGUACCACAAGUAUGAUGGCUUCAGGAUCACAUAUGGUGGUCAAGAACGCUUCGUGGGAAGUAGUGACACGUCGGUGGUAAUCGAUGGUCUACAAGCGGGGAUUUCAUACACCUUUGAAGUUCAGACCUUCAGUGGCGAGUUAGCUGAUCGUAAAUACUCUACUCCUGCAACCGGUGACAUAGUUCUUGUUGAUUUGUUUUUGGAAGCGAAUGCUACUACAUCGUUGUCAGUCGCGUGGGCCCUCCCCAGCAUUGUAGGCAGUGGAUUUCAGAUCCGAUACAGCAUUUUGGGUGCUUCAUCUUUCACCACUUUACCAUUUGGUCCGACUGUAACCACUGCUACACUGGAAAACCUAGAGCCUGGUCAGAUUUACAGGAUCAACCUCUACAUUGUGACAUCUGAGGGAACAGACCUUCUAGCAGGAGCCGAAUUUCAAACAAGUAAGUCAUGA